AUGGAUUUAAAUAGUAAAUCAGAAGUUCUAAAGAAGGCAUCUGAAGUCUAUCAGCAAGAAAAAGCUCAGUUAGACAAGUUAACAUUAGAAAAUAAAAAACUUCGUUCACUUCUUGAAAUGCAAAAUCAAAUGAUUUCAAAUCAGCAAGAAUUAAUUCACCAAGUAGUUCAAGAAACUCGCAAAUAUAUAGAAAUUGAGAAAGAACGUCAUGAUAUUCAGGCAAAGAUUAAGCAAGAGACAGAAAAUCUUAAUUCAGCGAUUAAAGACUCUGAAGAAGUUUUGAAAGUAGUAAAUGAAGAUAUGCCUGAAAUUUCAAAAUCUAAAGAAGAUACUAUUCAUGCAUUAAGACACAUUAAUUUACUCAAAGGAAUUGAAACAAUUCAAACUCUAAUAUUCAACUUAUCCGAAAAGGCUAUGAAUGAGCACAAGACUGUAAUCGAUAAAUCAGAUAUCUGCGAAUUAAUUCUUUCAAUUAAUGAAGUUAUUGACAUUGCUGUUCAAUCUGGAGCAGCAACUGAGUCUGAAGAUCAAACUAUAGCUAGACAUGCUUUGAUUAUAGGUGUACUCAAUGGAAAAAGGCCAGUAGAAGAAUAA